GUUUCACAGUCAAUAUCUAGUAGCAGCAUGUUGACAUUGUCAGACUAACCACCCGGCCACAUGCAACAGAUGCACUGCAGAACUCUGUGAUCUCUCAGGAUGGACACCUACACAGAUGAUGAAAGUUAUGAUUACUACAGUGACAACUUUACUUAUGAUGGUUUAUUUAAUUGCUCUGGCUCACACCUGCAUGGCUCCAACAUCUUCCUGCCCAUACUGUAUUACCUCAUAUUUUUCACAGGCUUUUUGGGGAACCUCUUUGUUAUCUCAGUCGUGGGCAGCAAAGGGAGGAGAGGUGGGCGUCUGGUGGACACUUUUGUUGUCAACCUGGCCCUGGCCGACCUCAUCUUUGUCCUCACGCUGCCUCUGUGGGCAAUCUCUGCAAGCCAGAGUGGCUAUUGGGACUUUGGGAGAAUUGGGGACCUGCUGUGUAAACUGAGCAGCUACAUCAUAGCUGUGAACCGUUUCUCUAACAUCUUUUUUCUCACCUGCAUGAGUGUCGAUCGUUACCUGGCGGUGGUGAAGCUGAUGGACUCGAGGUACCUCAGGAGCAGCAGGUGCAUUCGUGCCACUUGUGCUGCCGUGUGGUUGAGCUCGCUGGUGCUUGGCAUCCCAUCCCUGGUGUACCGCAGAGUGGAGCCGUCCGGUGAUGGACUCUACUGCGUGGAAGAUAACAACUCAAGUUUUUUUCUUGUGAGUCUCACCAUGGCGUUCCUUAACUUUGUCUUCCCAGUGUUAAUAAUUGUGCUCUGUUAUGGCACCAUCAUUGUGCAUCUCAACCACCACUGUGCUGCAAAUCCUCGAGCUGAAGCCCGUCGCAGACACUCCUUGAAGAUGGUCCUCUCCAUCAUAGUGGCCUUCGUGGUGUCCUGGCUCCCCUUCAACGUCUUCAAAGUCAUUAUAAUCAGCUCACACCUCUUAAAUGCUGAUUUGAGUUGUGACGCUCAGAUGUGGCAAAGAAACGGGCUCCUCGUCUCGUGCUGCCUGGCCUUCCUCAACAGCUGUGUGAAUCCAGCCAUUUACUUUUUCCUGGACCAUCACUUCAGACGACGGGCCGAGCGCCUGUACAAGAAGUGCAUAGGGCAGCCAAAAUUGCAGCGGAGCCACAACUCCUCAGCUUCAUUCACCAAUGUUGGCACUUCAGAGAGCUAACAACUGGUGGGAGAACCCAGCUGCAGGUUGAGUUGGAGGAGAAGACAUAAGUCUUUUCUUUUACUUUGAAUGUAGAAAUGUUACUGUUUGAUUAUUAGUAUAUGACAGCUUGUCAUGUUCAUUUUUAUAUUGAGAGACUUUGUGCAUAUUCCCCUCAAAGGAUGUUUAAAUAUAAAAAAGUUAAAUCUGAUUCAAGGCAAGAAAAAUGUUUUUUUUCAAUUAGUGACAUAAUGUGACUUUCCUUUGUCGUACAUUUUCUUCAUUCAAACUUUCUACAAAUAUUGAACAUGCUGUUUAUACUUCUUAUACUGUAUAGUGUAGGCUUGUAUGAAAACCCGUAUCAAUUUUUGCAGCAUUAGUAGAAUGCAAUUAUAUAGAGGUGUAAAUAAACGUUUUGGUAUAUAUACUGAAGGCAAUAAUUUAGUU